CCCCUCCUCACUGCCACUUGACACGCCAACGCGGCCGCCGGACAUGGCCGAGAUCAUAGACCCACAGCAAGCCGAUCAGGCUCAGUCGCUGCAAGAAGCCACGACGGCUGUAGCUUCGGGGUCCUCCCGCCCGACCGCUCACGCGCAGCGAUACGACCGCCAGCUGCGCCUGUGGGCCUCGUCCGGGCAGGCUUCUCUCGAAUCGUCGAGCGUCCUCCUCAUCGGGGCGACUCAUCUCGGCGCUCAAUCGCUCAAGAAUCUCAUCCUGCCGGGUAUUGGCAGUUUUACUGUGCUGGACGGACAGAUGGUCGGAGAGUACGAUGUGGGGAACAACUUCUUCCUCGAGGCCGAGAGCAGCUAUGGCAAGCCGAGGGCGCAGGAGGUUGCGCGUUGCUUGGCUGAGUUGAAUCCGAGCGUCAAAGGGCGGGCAGUGUGCGAUGACCCUGCUCGCCUCCUCUCCAGCGACCCCGGCUUCUUUUCGCAAUUCACCCUAAUCAUUGCCGCCAACCAGCCGCCGCAUGCUCUACUGGCUCUCUCGGACCUCUGCUGGUCUCACGCCACGCCUCUGCCCCUCAUCAGCGUGCGCGGCGCCGGGAUGAUUGGCUCCGUCCGCGUCCAGAUCAAGGAGCUAGGCAUCAUCGAGACCCACCCUGCCUCUACCGUAGACCUCCGCCUCACCUCACCAUGGCCGGAGCUGGAAGCUUUUGCGCAGGGCUACGACGUGCAAGAUCGGGACGCGAUGGCACACGGGCAUAUACCUUACAUUGUCAUCCUUUUACGCAAGUUGGACGAGUGGCGGCAAUCCUACGGCGAGCUCCCCGUCCCCUCGAAGGAUCGCAAGGCGUUUGCGCAGAGUGUGGACGCGAUGCGCGACAAGAGUGUGGUGGACACGGAGAACUUUGACGAGGCUAUUGCGGCGCUGGGCCAGGCGGUAUGGCGACCGAUCGCCUCGGGGCGUAAGGUGCCCGCCGAGGUGGGAGCGCUAUUCGACGACCCUGCCUGCGCGACUGCCCCUACGCCGGGGACGACGAACUUUUGGCUCCUAGUGCGAGCGCUGCGUGCUUUCACACUCGCGGAGGGACAUCUGCCUCUGCCGGGCAGCUUGCCGGACUUUAAGGCCACCUCGGCGACGUACGUGGCCCUGCAGCGGUUGUACAAGGACAAGGCGAGGCGGGACGUAGCGGCGUUGAGGGGGUGCCUGGGCGAGGUAUUGCAAGAGGCGGGCCUGCCGGGCGAUGCGGUGCCGUCGGGUGAGAUUGAGGCUUUUGCCAAGAAUGCGAGCUACAUCAAGCUGAUUCGAGGGCGCAACCUACGCGACCUGCAAGCCAACCCGAACAAGGACGCCGUACCUCUCGCGCUGAUGGACCCAGUCAAUCCGCCUACCGUCCAACACCACAUCGCCUUUGAAGCGAUUGACGCCUUUUACGCCUCCACGGGCCGCUUCCCCGGGUCGAGCAAGGGAAUGACCGAUUCGCUCAUCGGCGGCGCGUCGCACGGAGCAGGCGCCUCGCACUCCAUGUCCACCUCUUCAUCCGCGGCGUCACUCGGCACACGCGGCGACGACUACGAUGGCGAGCCGGACAAGAAGCGUCAGCGCAGCGACUCGCCCUUUGUGGCGACGAACGGCGCGGGCACGAGCGCGGGCACGGGCGUGGACGCGGAGAUGAAGACGGCUACACCGCAGCUAUCGGAUAAUGGCGAGGCCCGAGAAGGCGCGGAGGAGGACGACGACGAGGGGACGCCGCCUUGGCGAGAGGAUCUGGCGGCCUGCCUUGCGCUGCUCGAGGGGCCGGGCGGGAUUCUUGAGAGGUGGGGACUACCCUGCGAUCCUGCGCAAGACGACGACAGAGACGCGAACGACGACGACGACGACGACGAGCCGAGCGGCGCCACCCUGGUGCGCAAGUCGGUCCGCGAGCUGGUGCGCUCCGGGCAUGGUGACGUGGCUAGCACGGCGAGCUUUUUGGGCGGGAUUGUGGGUCAGGAGGCGAUCAAGGUCAUUGCGAGGCAGUACGUGCCCGUCGGGGCGGGGAGUGGGGUUGUGCUGUACGACGGGGUGAAGCAGUGUGUCGGCGCCAUGACCUAGGCGCGCAGAGAUGCCGUAAUGUGAGCUCGCGCGCCGCGGCGCGAAGUUGCGAC